AAACAUUCCUCCGUGGAAUUCCUGCCAAGGAGUAUCAACACCAGGGGCUGGGACAGUGGUGUGGCAGAUAACCCUAAGCCAGCAGGCAGGCGCUGUAACCGGAUUUCUGCUCUGCGUUUGGAACACGGGGCACAGGUCAAUUAUGCUGGAACUAACAGAUCCUCAGUGCCUUUCCGUUCGUGUUCCAUGCGUGCAACAGGACCGCAAGGGAAUCGAUCCGCUUUCCCAACCCUUUGUUCCUCUUGGAUAUUUUCAUAUUUAUGUUCUCGCUCCUUUUCUGUUCUCGCCGGUUCUGUUCUCAGCUGCGGGCACGCAUCUUCCCCUGGCAGCGGGAUUCCCUCCCUCUGGCGUCACCCCCUCGAUGCCGGGGGCGGCCCCCCCGGGCAUUUAUUGCCCGCGCUGCCCUGGGGCUCCGCGUCCCUGCCCGAGGCUCGGAGCUGGCAGGUAGCGCAGGGCUCUGCCUGGGAGCAGCCGGGGCUUCGCUGCGCACCCGCUGAGCUGAUCCUGUGCUUCCCCUCUGCCGGGCACCGCUCUGUCCUUCGGAGAACCACAGGAACCCUGUCCCGAGUCACCUGUGAAGAAGCCAGUUUAGGGAUUCUCUUCUGUGACUAAAAGUGCUGUUCUGUUCCACAAAGUCGUGUGCGGUUCACUGCAUACAGUGCUGUCGCGGCAGCUGCACCCCUGAAUGCAUUACUGAUUGAAGCUGCUCUCCUUUUUUCUUGUACUAAAUCGUGUGAUGUUUGCUCUCUGUCCUGCAUCCACUGUGUGACGGUAGAUCCUGAAGUCCUUCCUUCGCAGAUGCUCUCAGAACAUGUCUAGCUGGACCAGCCUGUGGUACGCCUGGUUAAUCUUGCUGACGGUGUUCCUGCUCCUGUUCUGUGGGAUUGCAGCAAGCUGUAUCAGAUGCUGCUGCCGCAAGAAGAGGCCCCCGGUUGAGCCCUUCCCAAGGGCCCCUCAUGAUGUGACAGUUACGACCAUUGACAGUGACAGCACUGCCCACAGCACAGUGACCUCAUACAGCUCGUUCCAGUACCCUCCGAGUGCCCCAAUUCCUUCAAUAUUUGUGGAUAUGGAUAAGAACGCUGUCUCCCCUCCUGCUUACAGUCUCUAUGCAAUGGAGCUGCCACCUUCUUAUGAGGAAGCUGUCCAGAUGGGUAAACAAUACACUGAAGCAGCACAGAUAAGCCAGAAACUCGACGACACCCCUGGGCAGGGGACACUGGGUGGGCUGGAUCCCAUCCAGUAUUCACCUGAUACAACCAACGGAGAUCCAGCAGCACAGGCAAAGUCACAAAAUUUAGAAGGUGGAACACAAGAACAGGCCCAUCUCUGACUCAUUUCCGAUGGGGAGUAAAGGAAGGGAAGGAUUUUAAGAGCUAAAGAAGAUAUGAAGAGUUGGUUUUAUAGGCAGGUUAUGAUGGAAAAUUUUUCCUCUCGUGCCCUUGUCAUGAUCUGUCAGCUAGAAAAGAUGUUUUCUGUGACUGCUAGAAUCUCCUGGGAAAGCUGCUUCAAGGAUCUGAAAUGAAGUGAAAGGGCAGUUUAAAAAUGCCUGUUAAAGUGGGACACGAAUGCUUGUUCAUCCUCUGAUUAAAAGAAAUAUUCCUCAUGUCCAGCAUACGGCAAUAAAGGGGUCAGGGGAAUGUCAUCUUCUUGGGAAUACAUGAAGAGUCAGAACAGUCCUGACAGCAAGCUGGUGUUCCGGAACAGAAGCUUCCCAAGCUGGAGCUGGAAGGGGAAUCCUAGCAAGUCACACUGAAUAGCUGCUGUCGUUUCUCUUUUGAGAACAUUCACUGUCCAGAAAAUCGCUGGAGUGUGAAUUGCUCCGUGCUGGCACACACUCCCUAAAUGGCAGGAAGGUGGCAAACAAGGACAGGAAGGCAUGUGGAGGGAAACACACUCCGUUAUGUUUCACCACUAGAGACCCGGAAUGAGAUAUGAGAAAAGAUACUUUUGGUUUGUUGGUCAUGAGAACUGAAGGGAUUGAGUUUGAGGGUUUUUAAAUCUUUAAACCUCUGUUUUCAAGGUGAGCUGGCUUGUGGGUGGGAUCCUUCUACUACUUAUUUUGCCAGUUAAAGUACAAAUUCAUCUCAAAGAGACGCACACAUGGUUAAGUAUUACUAAUGUGUUACAAAUAUUCAUUGAGUAUGUCAGAGGUGCCUUUAUAACUUGUUAUCUGCUCAGGUGUCAGGGUCUCAGUUGGUAACAGAAAAGAAAAAUCAAAGAUUCCUGGCAGUUUUCACCAGUUUGGUACAUAGACAGAGCUCAGUGCAGGAUGAUAUGAAGCACACUCUAGCUCUGCCAUCUCAGAUAAGUUAUAAAUACAAAAUACCAUAGUACAGGCUGGGCGAUAGUCCAGAGAAAGUUCUCUUUAGGGAUGAUCCUUCAUGAAGUACUGAUAGGAAAGAGAACUGCUGUGCAUCAUUGCAAGGCUGGGAGCUUGAGUGGAUCGCAGCGGCUUCAGCCCAGGCAGAAAUGUGGGCCGAGUGGCCUUUUAUUGAAUGACAGCUCUUUCCCUUUCUUGCCCCUCCCAUAUUCCAAAUAGUAUGAAUUUUGUCCAUUCCUGAGUGGUGAUUUUCUUUGAAUUGACUUUAGCAAGGUGCUGAUUUAGCUGCCUUUGGGUGGUUCGAUGUGUUUGAUGUACUAUCUACAAUACAAGAGCGUGAAAGAAAUCAUGAGCUUUAGGUGCUGUUAAUGAAUAUAACCCGAAGUGUCAGUGCUAGGUCAGAGUUCGUGUUGGCUGCCCUGCAACCGAAAAAAUGACUGAUGGGCUUCAUUUUGGGGGAAGGUGCUUUGGUAGCUGUGGAAGGGGGCUACCUUCUGCAGAUAUUUAGGUGUCUGACGCUACUAAGCAGUAGCAGUGGUGGCCACAAAAUUUUGCACAGCUUUUAGAAGACUCUUCUCUGACAACCAAAGGACUACCCUGAAAAUGAGCACUAAUGAUUUAAAACCGAAGCUCUCCCUGCCAGCCAGCAGACUCAGUCUAGAAUCCGUUACACAUUCACUUACGUGUGAGCUGUUCCUGAGUCCAGCUCCCUAGAGAAGAGUUGGUUCUAUAUUUAGCUUGCGUAUAGCUUGCUUUGAGGGCUGCAGGGAGAGAUGGGCUUAACAAAUCUGCUUCUCUUCUUUCUCUUCUCUGUCAUUCAUAAUUAUAAUUCUGUUUUAUUCUCUCCUCUGCCUUCUUUUCCUGUGUCGAGAUGGAAGUAGGCACAGCCCAGCCUUACUAUUCAGGUGUCUCUGAUGGAAGAACAGUAGAUGCCCAGCCCUGGGUGUCUCGAAGUCACAAAUUCAGCAGGUGUAUUUUUAUUUAUUGAGCUUCUCCAUCAGGAUAGAGCUCAGAAACAAACCUGUGCUUUUCCAAAGAAGAAAUGGCUGUUGGAGGGAAGCGACUGAGCGCUUCCUCACUAAUAGAAAGAGGAAUGUAGCACCAGUCGAAUGAAAAAGCAGUGAGUGACACAAGAGGGCAGUCCUUCGCUUGUCAGCGUGUUGCCGCCUGUCACCGCCGGGAGCAGCUCCGGGAGGGCCGAGCGGAGCUCUCGGGGUUGCGAGAGGCGAGGGCGCUUCCAGGACUCGGGUUUGCCGAGUUCCUCAGCGAUUACUCUGCAGUGCAAGGCCUGAGCUCGCUUGAGAGCAUGGAGGAAUGAUCACAACGGUUUGACAUCCCAUCCCUUCAUGCUUUAGCUUGCACAAAGCUUCUGCCUGCCGAGCUGGCAGGAGACUGCCAGCCGAUCUGCAAGAAGGUCCAUUUCCACUCGGUUAUGGGCCCAUAGUUCGAAUUGCGAGACCCCAUUCCAGACCCUAAAGCCCUGUGGAGCCGGUACAAGUCAGAUCUGACUCCACCACCACCUGGAUCAGGAGAAAAGCCUGUCUCCCUCUGGGUCCUUCUGUGGGCAGCGUGGCCGGGUUCGGCUUGCCCUGCAGCUGAUUGCAUGCUGCCGCCAGGCAUUAUCCAGACUAACAAAGAACUGGACUUGUCUCUCCUUUAUGAAAGAGCAGAAUGGGCAAAGAGGGGGUAACACUGAAGGGGCCGAGUUUCCAUGUGUGCCCAGGUGCUUGCCUUGUAAGGUGGUUCAUUAAUUCAAACAGGAACUAUUUGUAAACAUAAGCUACUGACCUCCCCACCCUGCAGGAAUACAGAAUUUUCUUUGUACACCAAAAGCAGCUCAGUUUGCUCCUCACAAUGUUUUCAGUAGUGAGGUCUCAGCCCUUUAUCAAAACCACUGACUCCUCACAGAAAGCUGAUAAUCAAAGGUGUCCUUGAUCUCUGUCUCUGAGGAGGCCUUUUACCCCCACAACUGUUCGUUAGUUACAUCUCCACUGCACAGGUUUCUGCAGCUCUAUGGCAUUGCAGCUCUGCUCCUCCAGACAGAAAGAUCAUAACUAGGGAAUUUACAAAUUCCAUUUAAAUUCCUGCAGCAAAGAGCUCUCUUUCCAUCUUGAGGGCAGUUUAUAUUUGUGUAGAAAGACCAGUUAGUUCAUCAAGCAGAAUCACUGUUGCCUGUGGGAACACAGUGAAAGAAAAUGACCCCUUAACGAACUAACAUCAGAUGAAAGAAUGAAAAGGGCCUUCUCCUGAAUCCUGGUCUACACAAGCAACAGCUUGAAAAUGUUGCUCCCAGGUGCUUUACAUAACCCUAAACAGCAGGAUGUCCAAUGGAAAAGCAUCUCCAUUGAUCACCUGGAUCUUUUCUGUUUAAUUGAGCAAGUCAGAGCAAGACAGAGCUCCUCCUUGUUAAUGUCUCUAAAAAUAGGCUCAGUAGGCAGCUUCCUCUCAAUGCGUUUUUACAUAAUGAGAAGGGAACUAUGAGCUUCUCACCCCAUGAUGUGGUAAGUCCAAAUGAACUCCUUUGUUUUGACUGAUGUUUUAAAACUUAUUAACCAAGUCUAGAGAUGUGGAAUGAAGAUUAAUGCUCUGCCUUCAUAUCUGCUGAUGGUUUUUGUAAAAGUUUUUCUUCUGACUUUUGGUUUGUGUUCUGCAGAGCUCUGUUGGCCUCCUGGUGCGGGGUCUGACUUUGUAGUCCUAGAAAACUGUUGGGUUUGCUCCCAGCCUAGCUAGACAUAGAGUUCCUUUGUGUUUAUUCUACUGAGCAUGUAAAAGGGGAAGGACCAUUCUUAAGCUUUGCUUGUUCUUACUGGGUAUGACUAUGGGGUCCCUGGUGGUGUCAGUGAAAGCGUUUGGGCUGCAGAUGGUUGGUUUGCCUUUAGGUUUGGAUUCUGCGCUAUUAAAGUCAGAAGAAACAAAAUGAGACUCUGCUGUAGAAAAGGAGCCAGUUUACAUUCAGGUUUAUUCCUCUUGAGCACGUCUGCAUUUCCUCCAGUAUUUCCAAACAGGUAUGAUGUCUCGAUUUCUGGUCAGAAAUCAUGGGCAGCGUUGCUGUAGGCUCCAUAAGAGCCAUCAAAUGGCAUCCAGAGGAGGGCGGAUAUCUGUGAGAAGUGAAGCGACCCCCAUGGAUGUAUUUCUUACAGCCAGUUUUUAAAGAACUCUGAAGUUUCAAAAUAAGACACAACAACUGAUGCUGUUUUAGUGCUACAGGCAUCUAAACUGUGACUGUCUAAACUGAAAGCCUUCCAUGAGAAGCAUGCUAUCCCUGACAGUAGCGUAGAACAGCCUCUUGGGAAGAUCCAGGCUAUUUCCACUCAUAAAGAAUUAAUCUAUACACUUUUUCUCCUCAAAAAUGCUUAAAUAAUUAAAUAGGUUUUUUUUUUUUUAAAAAAAAAUAAAGGUUUUCUACAACAGAGAAGUGAAUUUAAAUGGAUAGAUUAAAAAAAAAUCGCUUUCUAAUAAGGUGGUCAUUCAUGCGUGCCUGAAUAAUUCUAAAUGGAUGUAUUUUUAAAUUAGGUAAAUAACCAAACAGGACUUCACUUAUUGGCAGAUCUGGUCAGGGUUCCACUGAACUCAUGUCUCUCGCAGCUGUGUAUCACAGCUUUUCAUACAAGUCUCAUGCCAUUUGUGUAAAAAAUGCAAUGUGACAGGCCCAGAAAGAAGCUGCAGGCGUUAGUGUGGUGCAGCAAAGACGUGCUCACGAUUUACUCUUAGUUUGAUCAGGUCUCUCCUGCCUGUUGUAGGAGGGCCCUGGGAAACGUGAACUCCUGUCAACACCGCUAUUGAAGCAAUUCCCCCUUAUAACGCUAAAGGUGCUGCCCUCUGGUAAGGAAAUUGCUCGCAGCUCCUGUGCUGUUGCCAUGAGCUCUGUUUAGAAGCCCCUUAAGUGUCCUCCAUCGAGUCACUUCCUCUCUUAAACUCUAUUUUUCCCCAGCCUGUCGGUCCAGUGCUUAAGAUCUAUGGUCUCUGGUGCAGGAAAUUCUCCCCCAGUGCUGCUGUAGUGGGAAUCCGCUCAUAGAAGAUCCUCUGCGGGUUCCGAUAGUAACAACUGUUGGGGAGGAGGAAAAACACUGAAACCCCUUUGAGUUUCUUAAGCAGUGGAAGAAAUGGAGCCUGAUUGUCUAGAUUUCUAAAUAUUACAGCAAAGUUCCUUAACAUUUAAGAAUAUGUAACCUUCAGUGGAAGCUUUCCUUACAGUUCCCUUUCUUGUGUGUACUCUGGUGUAUUAAAAGAUCUCUUGUCUCUACCGAGCUCCUGGUUUCAUGAAACGUUUAGAAGCUUCGUGUCUCUGAAACCUCCAGUUCUCUAUCACCUCGCUUGAAACUGCUCAGUGGAUUCAGAAAUUAUUAGCUGGAAUGUGGAGUGUUGAAGGAGAGGAGGCAGGACACAGAUUUGAUGAUUACAAAGCCUCUCUUCAUAAGAAACCGGGUUUAAAAAGACCAUCGAGAAGGUUCUAAGUUCAGCUGGAUGGAGGAGCUAAGAGUCCUAAUUUGUAAGUCUAGCCCUUUCCACCAUCGCUAGAUCCUCUCAAGUCCGAUUAUAUCCACAUAAGCUUUGUGACAUCUCGAAGCAAAAAGCCCCUCUCUGUAAUUAUGCAAAGUGUAUUUUUAAUUGUGACUUGAAUUUGGUGUUUGUCUGGCACUGUUAACAUGCAAUUAUUCUUCUCUCUUUCUCUAAAAUGUUUGUUUUGCCAGUUAUUUCCUGUUGUCAUUUGCUGGCUGUGCUGGAGAGAUGAACUGCUGGAGAAGCUGGAGCUUGCAUGGCUGUCAGCGUGCAGUUCUGUCUCUCUCCACUCACAUGCACUCAUGAGCACUUGUGCUUAGAACAAAAAUGCAGACUUGGAAGUAAAUUGCCUCAAUAAUUCAUAGGCUUUAUAGCCCAGAGCAAUUUAUACCUUGGCUCUGUCAUGAAAUUCAGGUUGCAAAUCCCUUUAUAGCCGAGCUCAUUCACAGUGUAAGUAAAGCGGUACAUCUAUAAUGGCUUCUAUAACAGAUGCAUUAUAACUUUUUGAGAGUAUUAAGUGGUAAACCUGCAGCAUCCAGAGUGGAGCAUCAGCAGGGCCUGGAGACUGUAAAAGUCUUUUUGCCUUGCAGUUGCCUUUGUCUGCCUUGCUGCCCCCAAAUAGCUUGGAAGAGGGUUUGGUUGGUUUGUUUUCAAACUGCAUUUCAACGUGACAAGAUGCAGUUUUUGAGGGAAAGGCAUCCCUGGGGUCACGCUGAUGGGUGGGACACAGACACCUGCAAAACCUGCUCACAUAUGGAAUAAAAUAGCUCUCACAAAAACCACUUUCCAGAUUCUUGCUUUUAGCUGUUUCUUGGUUCUGAUUCUGAUCACCUUUACCAGCUGGAACUAUUUCUGCUCAGGGAGAUGUUUACUAACUUUUUUGCAAAUAACAGAGGUUCUUUCCUUUACCCACAACUGAAAUUCAAACUGUGAGUGAAGCCUUUGAAUCGUAUUCAGAGCAGAUGAUGAAAACAAAGUAUCACAGGGGAAUUGUGCUGUAUUAAAAUGGAGAAGGUGAUCAAUUUUUAAUGAACUAUUGCAUCCUAGGGUUAAAUCGAAUGCAGAAAAUAAAGCUUAGGUGCAAACCCGCAUCACUGGGAAAACAUUUUUUUCUAGUCAGUCAAAAUGUAGACCACAAAAUGCCGGAGCUUUUUACCUUACUGGAGAGAAAAGGAGGCUGUAGAAAAGAGUUACUCACUUUUUGUGUUUAAUCUUUACUCACUUUUUUACCCUGCUUUCCCAAGUAGCUCAAAAAGGAAAUGAAGAAGAGCCUGAUGUUGAGCUCCGUGUGCAUUUUCUCUUUCCAUGGUAACAGUUCAUGCAUAAGCCAUUUCCUUCCCACAAGUGAGGAAGUACAACCCCGAGGUCAAAGUAGUGACCUGGAAAACCCAGCUUGGCUCCUUGUUCUGCCACAGGCUUCCCAUACGGCCCUGGGAACGUCACCUGGUGUGCGCUCACUGCCUCUCCUGCCCUGCAGAACAGAAACUGUAGCGCUACCUUAUCUUGUAAAGAAUUUUGAGGAGAAAUAUAUUGAGCGUGGGCUGCACUGUCAUAACGCAAUACAGAUACGCAGUCAGAGCACAAUGAACUUAUCCUGAGCUUUGUGUCCCACACAGAAAACCUCCCUACUCCCUCCUCCUCUUAAGGAGAAGAAGAGAAGAAAGUCAGGCAAAACAAUGUGAGGUUUAGCAAUAGCCUCUGGCUGUUGGAUACCUAAUCCAGGCAUUGUUACAACAUUCCUAACUAGAGGAAGAAACAGAGGGGAGAGGAAUUUAAGACAGGCUCAGGAUCAGUGUGCGAUGCCCAGUAAGGUGAUGGUAGGAGUCCUGUGAUGCACCUUAUCUUACCAGAUCGCAGACCUCCUGGGGAUCGAAUGUCCUGAGAUACCACCUUGUGUGUAAACAUGAAAAAGAAGAACGCUACUUUUUGUCGGUUUGUACAAGCACUUAAUUAUUCUCACUUGAAUUUCUCUGAAAUUCUGAAAUUUGCUGAAAGUCAGCCUUUGCUCUGUAAUCUUUUGCUCUAGUUCAGAAAUCUGCUUUCCACCCUCCCCACGCUUAGCAGAUCAAACGAGGCCAGAAGCUUUGUCAGGUCCAAGAAUGCUGGCAAGAGAUGCCCUCCUUCCCACCCCUGCCCAGGCCGAGGGGCUGCUCCUCUCGGCAGCUGGCGGUGGGCUGUGGAGACAGCUCUUCUGCACUGCCCGUAAGGGCCCUUCAGCUCUUUUUAAAGGCAAUACUAUUACAUUAUGUUCAUGGCCUUCUGGUUAACUAGUUAAACGCAGCGGGUG